UAUUGUCCACAUAAUAAAAAUAUUUUUAUUUUUUUAAGAGAAUGAUUAUUCAGAAAAAAAAUUAUUGUUCCUAUCAAAUACAAAGUUUUGUGAUAAUCAGAAUACCGAUAAUUUGCUCCAAGCGAUAUCGACUUUAGUUGUGAGAAUAAUACACUGCGUGGCGAAAUUAUACAGUUCAAUAAAGUAUUGAAAUUAAUUAGUUAAUUAGCUUGAACAGUUACUUGAUGUGGCAAAAAUAUCAAUAAUCAACAUUUAUUAUUUCACUAAUUAUUUCAUAUUUUGUCAAUUUCAACAGCCAUCAAAAAUGUUAACUUUGUUGCCGCAAGAUAAACGCCGGCGGAGUUCUCGGUCUACCUCACUUCACCUUCCUUCCAUUCCCCACAGAUCAUGUCAAAAAGGUUAUGUCCAUGUCAUUUUGAAUUCGUUUCUCCGGCUAUACUAAAUCUAAGUAUUGUGAUACAUAAUCAGUAUUCACUGCGAAGGCCACAGGUCUUGCGCUAGAGGCGACAGUUUUCGAAACUUCGUGAUGAAUUUCUUACUUUUUUUUUAGUAGAUAUAAUUCUUCUAAGAUGCGACGUCUGCCUAAAAAGACGGAACGGUCACGAGUCACGGAUAUACACAGACACUGAAUGCAUUCAUAACAAAUGUGUGUGUAUUAGUUGCCCUUGGAGCGAAUACGUAGACUUCUAAGUAGUAUACGUAUAGUUAUAAGGAAAAUGUCAUGUACUAUUAGCAGAGCAAUACCAACUUGGUAUUACCAAGUUUUACUGUUAAAACAAGAUAUAUUGUCAAUAGAAAAAUACUAUCUUUUCAGUAAAUAAUUAUGUCACGACAUAAUUGUGAUGCGUCGUUUUUAGUAUCUCUUCCUAUGUAUAAGUAUUUAAUUUUAUGUCGAAUCAUCAAAUUAUUAUAUUUGUAUUAUGUCAGUCCAUGAAGAAAGAAAAAAAAAUUCAAAAUAUUAUUUUUGAAUUAAACAUAAAAUCUUUUUCUGGUAUCUUUUGUAAAAAUAUUUUGCUAUUAAAUAGUAGAACGGUGUGCCAUACGUACUUAUUUCGUGCAUGCUAAAUAGCACUUUCAAUGUUAAAUUUGGGUAGAGUUUUAAUUGGUCUCUAUUACUCAUCGAUAAGAAAAUUUUGAGGCUCAUGGUGACACAGCUCCAUAUUUAUUUCGUAAUACUGUGGAUUAGACAGGCACACACAUAUUUUGGACAUUAACAAUUAUCAUUUUUAUUUUAAGAGUAUCAUUUUCUUCGUAAAUUUAAAUAAAGACAAUGGGGAAACAAAAUAGUAAACUUAAACCAGAAGUACUCGAAGAUCUGAAGCAGAAUACGGAAUUUUCAGAUGCUGAAAUUCAAGAAUGGUACAAAGGAUUUUUAAAGGACUGUCCUAGCGGACAUCUGAGUGUAGAAGAGUUUAAAAAAAUUUAUGGCAAUUUUUUCCCUUAUGGCGAUGCUUCUAAGUUUGCAGAACAUGUCUUUCGAACAUUCGAUGCGAAUGGUGAUGGUACAAUUGACUUUCGAGAAUUUCUUUGUGCUCUAAGUGUGACUUCGCGUGGGAAAUUAGAGCAAAAAUUAAAGUGGGCCUUCAGUAUGUACGACCUUGAUGGAAACGGUUAUAUUUCUAGACAAGAAAUGCUUGAGAUUGUUACUGCAAUAUAUAAAAUGGUAGGAACAGUAAUGAAAAUGCCAGAAGAUGAAUCUACUCCAGAAAAGAGAACUGACAAAAUAUUUCGUCAAAUGGAUAAAAAUAAAGACGGAAAGUUAUCUCUAGAAGAGUUCAUAGAAGGUGCUAAAAGUGACCCAUCCAUUGUGCGACUAUUGCAGUGUGACCCAAGCGCACAGGCUCAGUGAUCUCUUAGGCAAUUGAAUAUUAUUCUUUAUGCCUUUUGUGACCCUACUUCAGGGCCUGGCUCAAUCAUUUUAUUGAAAAUUGAUCCAAUUAAUUACUAGUAUCAUAGAAUAAUUAAUUUUUAUCUUAUAUGAUUGGAUCUUGCUCACUUGUUGGAAACACAAGUUAUGAAAGAUAUGUUAUUUACAUUUCCAAUAUUUUGGCAAAGAUCGUGUUAUAAAAUUGUAAAUUACAUUAGAGAAACGUUGAAUGAAUAUCUUGUUAUUGCAUAGCUUAUUGAAACUUGUUUAGAUUUUUCUAUGAUAAGUCGAGUUUAAUGGAAUUAAAAACAUCAAUAUACAUUUUUUAAUUAAUCCCUAAGCUGAAAGCCUUAGAGUCAUUGAGUCUAGCGUGCUUGCGCAAACCGCAAACUAGUCUGUAAGGCUAGUUCAGUUGCUCCGUCAUAAUUAAAAAUUCUUGAGAAAAUAGUUUGGGUAGCAAAACGUUAAUAUAAAUUUUUAUUAAUCCUCCAAGUUUUGGAAUUUAUGUAUUGUAAUUCAUUUUAUUGUAACUUUUCAAUGCUAAAGUGAAUCAACGAUCCUAUUUCGAUAAAUAAGUAUAAUCUUGUCGAUUACACUAUUAUAUUUGUUGUAGGGUUUAUUUAUGAGAUAUCAUUAAAAUGAUUGGAAUGUCAAUACAUUAUAGAAUAUAUGAAUAUAUGCGAUUAUUUUUAGGUGGUACAUUAUAGAAAUUUAAUAGUGUUAUAUCUAUGCAAAAAUGCAGAAAUCAAAUCAGGUCGACGCAAGUCAAUAAAACUGCAACUUAAAAUAUUUAAUAAUUUAUAUGGAAGAUUAAAUUAUGAUUAAACUUUUUAUUGAAUAUUA